GGAUGAUCACCCAAGCUGCUCCUCAUCACACAAAUUAUUUGACCACUCGCCUUGAAAAAUCCUUUGGCACGACAGAGGCCAAGAGGGAGGCAAUCAACUCGUAACCAAAAUGGGUGCAACUCGCGCACAGAAGGAACUCUACUUCCAGAAACUUAGAAAUCUCAUUUCAAAGUACCCCUCCAUUUUCAUCGUCAAUGUCGACAACGUCGGUUCCAACCAGAUGCAUCAGAUCCGUGUCGCUCUCCGUAGCAAGGGCGUCGUGUUGAUGGGUAAAAACACGAUGGUUCGCCGUGCCCUGCGUUCCAUCCUCUCGGAGUUCCCCCAGUUCGAGAAGCUGCUUCCACAUGUCAAGGGUAACAUCGGUUUCGUCUUCACCGAAAGCGAUCUCAAGGAGGUUCGGGAGGUUAUCGUCGCCAAUAAAGUUAAAGCGCCUGCUCGCGCUGGCGCUUUCUCCCCCACGGAUGUCUUCAUUCCUGCUGGCAACACUGGUAUGGAACCAGGAAAGACGUCCUUCUUCCAGGCCCUCGGUAUCCCUACCAAGAUCGCUCGUGGUACCAUCGAAAUCGUCUCAGAGGUGAAAGUCCUCACUGCUGGCAGCCGUGUCGGGCCGUCCGAAGCUACGUUGCUGAAUAUGCUGAACAUCUCGCCGUUCACGUAUGGCAUGACCGUCGUUCAGAUAUUCGACUCCGGAAACGUCUUCUCCCCAUCUGUUCUUGAUGUGGGCGAGAAGGAGCUCAUCGACCGAUUCCUGUCCGGUGUCAAAUCGAUUGCAGCCAUUUCGUUGGCUCUCCACUACCCUACGAUUGUGUCGGUCAUGCACUCCCUUGUCAACUCCUACAAGAACCUUAUCGCCGUUGCUCUUGCCACUGAUUACACCUUUGAGGGUGCCGAAAAGGCCAAAGCAUUCCUGGAGAACCCAGAAGCAUUCGCGGUUGCUGCUGCACCCGCUGCGGAAGAGGCUGCUCCUGCUGCUGCGGAAGAAGAGAAACCCGCCGAGAAGGAAGAGGAGUCAGACGACGACAUGGGCUUUGGUCUCUUUGACUAGAUUACGACUUGUCAUGUUAACUACCGUGCACUAUUUUCAUGUAAUGCAUCAUCACCAUGACAGAGCAAUUCUAAAUGUAUGUAACCACGCAAACGCGCGAAAUCGAUUAGAAAUGAGUUUUUGGCGGCU